CACAAAUAGCCAGAAGUCAGAGGUGCAGCCUCAGAGUACAGUCAUGAUCAGUUUCCAGAAUAUAUUUCUCCUGAACUAUGCCUCAAACAACUGAACAUACUCAUAAGAGAGCACAGAGUUAACUGGGAGGAGUCAAAUAGUGUGUGCUUCAUAAACCUCUACUUACAGUAGACUCUUUGCUGUGCUGCUGAGGAACAGAGAUGUUGUUCUGGAAGUGAAUGCCUUCGGUUUCAAGUCCAUGAAGUCUAGAUUCAAAAUAUAAAAUGGCAAGGCAAAAUCCGGUUUUUGACACGAUGAAUGCCCUAAAUUCCCUUCUCCCGACGAUGAUCAUCAUAUGUUGCUUAAUGCCGGGACCGCACAAUUGCGUAGCUUUGCAGAGGAAGACUUCCUGCCAUGUGCAUGACAGUAUAGCUGACUGCAGCCAUCUCAGCCUCAGUGCGGUCCCUCAAAACCUUCCCAGCAACAUCAUCAGCCUAGAUUUGUCUCACAACAGAUUGAAAAGCAUCCUCCCUGUGUCUCUAUCCCCAUACCCGGGCCUCCGCCGUCUCAGUGUCAGUUACAACAGUAUCGUCAAGCUGGACCCGGGACUGUGCCAGACACUGCCUCUGCUGCAGAUACUGAACAUGGGACACAAUCAAGUGCAUGUGCUGAAGAAGGAGGACAUGAAUCAUUGCAUCAAUCUAACAUGGUUGAUUAUGGCUAGUAAUAAGCUAAAGCUACAAGGAGAGCCCUUCUCUGCACUACAGAGACUUCAAGUCCUUGAUGUGUCCUUAAACAAACUGCAGUCAGCCAAGCUCGGCACUCAGAUUCAGCUGCCCAACCUCGUGCGCCUCAAUCUGGCUUUAAAUGACUUCACCACUCUGAAGAAAGACGACUUUUUGUUCUUAAACAAUUCAUCCUCUCUACUUGUCCUCAACAUGUCAUUAACCAUGCUUUCAGUUUUGGAGCAUGGCAGCUUUAAACCCAUUUCAGGCCUACGUACUUUAAUCAUGGAUGGAAGCAAUAUGGACACACUGGGUUUUUCUGAACUCUGCUUAGAGUUGUCAGCGACCACUAUUGAGGCCCUGUAUCUCCGGAGGAUGAAGCUGGCAAAACUCACAAACACAACCUUUAAAGCGCUACAGAAAACAAAUCUAACCUAUUUGGAUAUGUCCAAUAAUGACAUGGUUAACAUUGAAAAUGGCUCAUUUUCAUGGCUGUCCAGGCUUCAGACCCUUGUUUUGUCUGACAACAAGAUUAAGCAACUAAACAAGAACACAUUUCAGGGCCUCAAAAGUUUGAAAAAACUCCAAAUGACAAAAGCUUUUGUGAAAAAAAACACCCCAACUAUCGGAGAUUUCUCCUUCCAACCCUUAAGUGCCCUGGAGAGUUUGAUAUUACAGAGAACAACAGCUCAAGAAAUCACAGAGCACACAUUUACAGGCUUGACAAGUCUUAAAGAACUCGAUAUGAGCUGGAGUAGCUAUAGCUCGCUCAGAAACAUCAACAGCAAGACCUUAGUCUCACUGGCGGGGUCGCCUCUCAGAAGGCUAAAUCUCACCGGAACAGCUAUUGCACAGAUUGGUCCUCAAAGCUUCUCUGUUUUGAGAAACCUCACCACGCUUCUCCUAGAUUACAACUUUAUCAAGCAAAUUCUAACUGGGAAGGAGUUUGAAGGCUUGGAUCAAGUUGAAGAGAUUUACAUGUCGAAUAACCAGCAGACAGUCAAUCUAAAGUCCACGUCUUUUGUUAACGUGCCCAACCUUAGAGUCCUGACUUUGAGGAAAAGUCUUAAGGCCGAAGCUGUGAACCUGGAUCCCUCUCCAUUCAGCCCCCUGACCAACCUCACUUUCCUGGAUCUCAGCAACAACAACAUUGCUAAUAUCAGAGAAGAUAUGUUGAAGGGGCUUGCAAACCUGAAAGUGCUGAAGCUCCAGCACAAUAACAUAGCCCGUUUGUGGAAGAGUGCCAACCUUGGUGGGCCAGUGUUGUUCCUUAAACACACACCCAGGUUGGUAACUCUUCAGAUGGAUAGUAACGGGCUCGAUGAGAUACCAGCAGAGGCUCUAAGAGGGUUGGGUAACCUCUGUAACCUCAACCUGUCCUCCAACCUUUUUAAUCGUCUUAAGGACACAAUUUUUGAUGAUCUGACUCACUGCGGGUUUAAAUUACAGAAGAAUCUGAUCACAGCUGUGAGACCAGAAGUGUUCAAAACUCCUCUGGCCAACCUCAGCCUGCUUGUCAUGGACAAAAAUCCGUUUGACUGUACCUGUGAGACCAUGCUGUGGUUUGUGACAUGGUUAAAUGAAACAAAUAUGACCCAUGUGCCGGGUCUCAGGGACCAGUAUCUGUGCAACACUCCACUAGCUUACUUUAACCGCUCCAUCAUGGAGUUUGACCCCCUUUCUUGCAAAGACAUGACUCCAUUUCAGACCCUAUACAUACUGAGCAGCACUGCUGUCGUCAUGCUGAUGGUUACUGCAUUUGUGGUGCGGUACCAAGGCUGGAGGAUUCUGUUUUAUUGGAACAUAUUGAUCAAUCGCACAUUAGGAUUUAGCGAUGCCCACGUUGCAGAGGGCCGGGAAUUUAAGUAUGAUGCUUACAUCAUACAUGCAGAGCAAGACAGCAGCUGGGUGGAGAGGAGACUUUCCCCUUUAGAGAAUGACAUGUGCAAGUUUUUGGAGGACCGAGAUUCACUGCCUGGUAUGUCACAGCCUGCCUCAAUCUUGGAUAAUAUGAGAAAGUCCAGAAAAAUCUUAUUUGUCGUCACUGAAACCCUUCUCAGAGACCCCUGGUGUACAAGAUUUAUCGCCCAACAUGCAAUUCACCGGGACAUUGAAGCCAACAGGGACUCUGUGAUUCUGGUCUUCCUGCAGGAUGUUCACGACUACAAGUUAUCCCGAUCACUCUACCUCCGCAGGGGCAUGUUGCAUCCGUGCUGCAUUUUGGAUUGGCCUGUCCAUAAGGAGAGAGUGCCGGCCUUUCAUCAGAAGCUCCUGAUGGCACUUGGCAUGACUAAUCGAUUGAUGGACUGAAUAUAUUUAAUUGGGAGGAAUGGGAAAUUCCAUCUUGAAUAUUUGUUCCUAGUAUGUGUUCAGUGAUUAUAAAUUGCAAUCUGAAUUUGCCCCCUUGUAUAUACACUUAAAUGUAUAUGUAUUUUCAUUGCACUGCAGCUUUACAUUAACAACAAUUAUUCAAAUGGUUUAAGUGAAAAGUGGUGUUCUGUGUGAUCGCCAUAAUGUUGUUUUAAAAAAGCUUUAGCUUAAAGGUGGGGUAGGUAAUUUUGGAGAAACCAGCUCGAGUGUGCUAGAAUUUGAAAAUACACAGCCGGAACAAAUCUGCCACUUCCUUACAGAGCCCCUCCUCCAACACACACAAACGCGCACACGACCAAUGAGGGCACGAGAUAAGUUUGUGCACAGAUGGAAGGCUGACAGGCCAUCCAAUCAUUUUAGCCAGGCCGGCUAAAAUGAUUGGUCGUGCUUUUUACAGUACUACGGCUUCCACAGAGGACAUUUUUGUAUGGAUUUUUUGUCAAAGCACUUCAGAUAUUCAUUGCUAUCGGGAUGUUAAGAGCAUUCCAUGGAAUAUAACAAAAAGUGUAUCUAGAGCCGGUUUCUCAAACUUACCUACCCCACCUUUAACAGUUACAUGUUUUACCCAUUCUAUUAAUAAAUGUACUUCUUGUCAUCUAAAAUAGAAAAGGCAAUACUAUUCCAUGUUGUUUUCAUUAACUUUUCCAUUUAUAAAGUGUUUGCUAAAAGGUUGGCUCAAGUCCAAUAAAUACUUUAACAAAUAACCUUUAUUUGAAUUAUUUCAGUUUUGAUAUUUAUGGCAGGAAGUGGCUUUUGAAAGCAUCAAUUAGGUAGAAAAACGAUUUUAUGUCUACUUUUAUGAAGUAAUCAUAUUGAUAAUUCAUUAUUGCAUUGAUAGAAAAUCCCCGUAAUUUUCCAUAAAAGCAAGGAAUAAAUCGGCUUUAAUAGUGUCAUCAUGCUAUCUAGUGGUAUAGUAGAUCUGACCAUGUACUGUCUGUUACUGUUUAAUCUAGUAACAAUUUGGUUUGAAACUGGUUUUCUUGUAAAGUUAAGUCAUUAUUUGUUUUCUGUUUCCUAAAAGCUUAAAGCUGACUCAUUUUCA